AUGCAGCGAAGUAGACACAUCCUGGUGCAGUCCCUUGAAGAAUGUCUCUCCAAGGCCUUUCAAAUUCCAAUCGUUGUCUGGGGACUGAGGGGCAAUGUCACUCUGCGCCGGAUCCUUGGCGAAAGGACUCUGGUGGGUGUUAGCAUAAGCAGUGUCUCGCCCAAGGAGGAGCCUAUUUUUGAUGUCCUGACUGAUGGCUUGUUUGGUCUGCACCACGUUCCGAUUCUAUUCAUUUACAAGCGAUUGAAGAGCCAACCACCCACUGGGGAUCAAUUGAAAGACCUAUUCUCCUGGUGCUGGCGUCAAAAGUUCAUCAAUGUGUUUGUCACCUAUCAGCAGAUUCGGUUCACUAAUCUUACAGGAGACAGAAACGUGUCCUGGGAAAAUUACCUGUAUACGUAUACUGCUUUCCCAGAAGUUACGGUCAGGAAUCUGACCCAGACUGGUUACCGACACACGGAUAUAAUGAUGGACUUUCGCGGCUAUGAGUUUCGGGUGCCUGUCUUUCAGGAUCCUCCCAAUGCCUUUCGGCUACCAAAUGGCAGACUCUCAGGGACCUUUGGCCUGAUGUUCGCCGCCUAUGUUCACCACAGGAUGGGGCAUUAUCGCCUGGAGCCCACUGUCGACGUGGACAGGUACAACUACCACGAGAACCUGAUGCUGGCCGCGACCCGGGGGGAGAUUGAAAUAGGCGUACAUCCGUAUUCCUCCAUGCAGCCGGGAGCCGAGCGGAUGGCGGGCUAUUUUCCACUCGUCUCGACGAACACCUGUGUCCUGGUGCCCUGGCAACAUGAACCGCCUCCGGGCCGCUUCAUCCGGUAUGUUGUCCGAGUGAAUGGAACUUUUCUGCUGGUCCUCCUCCUGGCCCUGACCCUGGCGUGGCAGUUGGCCCGUGGCGAGGGGUUGCGUGGCAUUCAGCUUUCCCUGGUUACCUUCUUUCUGCAACCGAUAUCGGACAUAGACUUUCGUCGACUGGCCGAACCAUACAAGUUCAUCCAUGUGGCCGCUCUCCUAGGAUCCUUUGUUUUGUGGACAAUGCGUACGGCGAACUUAUCAUCGGUUUUCACCUCGCAAUUCCCAGGGUAUCAGAUAGACAGUGUUGAGGAUUUUCUGGCCUCCCCAUUGCGUCUGAUGCUUACGGAAUCCGAGGUGGAAAUGUAUUUCACCGCCGGUAACCUGCCAGCGGCUUUGAGGCCACGCCUCCAGGUGGUCAACAGGUCGACGCUGUUGGAGCACUUGGACAAAUUGAAUGCCAGCUACGCCUACUGCACCACCACGGAGCACUGGAGUGUGGUGCAGAUGCAGCAGGAGCGCCUGAAGAGUCCACGCUUCCGGCUGGCAUCAGGCAUAUGCACCGGCACCCACAUUCUGCGUUAUCCCAUGCAGUGGAAUUCGCCCUUUCAGCGGAACUUUUUCAGAUUCAGCUCCCAUGCCAAGCAAUUCGGUCUGUGGCCCCACUGGAGAAGCAAAGGUCAGCAGGAUGCCAGUCGAAUGGGUCUGGAGGUCAAAAUGAUGGACGACCAUAUACCCUUUCAAGAUGCUUUCUCUGCUUGCUAG